AUGGCGAUGAUGAGUAGUAAACCAAGUAAUAGUACAAGUCGAGCCCUACCGGCCUUCAAAGUUUCCAUUACUGUUCGACCGGCGCGGACGGGGUCCAGUGGCGCUCCUGAGGCCCCCUCGGGAAACCCAAGUCCCCCUUCCAGCCGGCGCAGUACCCGCGCCAGUAACGGGAAGGGGGCAUCGAGAACCAUCGCAAAGGAGUGUGAGAGACUGCUUUGUAGAGACAUGAAACGGAUUUUCCUUGGUGGAGGGAACAAUUCGAAGAGUGUUUCUGAUUCGAUGGGCUCGGUUUUCUUCGACAGCAACAAUAACAACAAGAACGACAACAAUCACAGUCAUUACAGCAAUGGGGGAAAGAGCGAGUUGCAGUUUAUUGAGGUUUGGGACUACAUGGGCGGUGCAAGCUUUAGAGGGUUUGUCGUUGACAAGGUUGGGAGAGGGAGGGUCGAGAAGACGUUGUUUUUGUUCUUUGAGAGUGUGGAGGGCACGCAGUUGAAACAUGGACUCAUCGCGCUUAUUGAGCUUGCUACAGAGUGUUUCAAUUGUGACCGCCUCGUCAUUGCUCUGGACCGAAAAACAGACGGAAUUCAUGGCCUCAUCCGCGAUUUCGGCUGGGUCGGUUUCGAACUUAUUACUCUUUCUCACUGGCUUCCCGCGCCUUCUAUCGAUAACGCCUCAAGAAGAAGCGACAGCUUCUCUUCAAACAGCUCUAGUGGUUCCGGCCGCAGUGGCAGCUUCUCCAGCAUUGAUUCGUCCUACUCAUCGUCAUCGGAUGAUGAAAUCACAAGCGACAAUUGGAUCUUUGUAGGAAUGGAGUUGUAA